CGGGCGCUUGUUGACUUUCAGUCUUUCCCCUCCAAAAAAUGAACAAGACCAUUUGAUCGUCCCUCACCCAAACCAAACAACAAGGAUCUGGGAACAAAUAGAGUCCCUUGCCUGUUCUUACCUCACCCUGCCCUGCUUCCUUAUUUUGGCAGUUGCUUCUGUGUUGCGCAUGCUUGUUCCUCUACAGAUUUGGAUUCACUAACCUUGCGCCGGGCUACCCUCUAUAGAAAGAACGACGCACUUCUGCUUUGUUUCCUCUUGAACAUCCAUCCAUUGCCCUUUCACUCACGCGACAAAGCCUCUUCCCUCUAUUUGAUACCCGCAGUUCAAUCCGCUGCUUUAAAACUCUGUCCGCUUUAUAAAGCACAACAAGAAGAAACAACAUCAUCCACUCGAAAGAUACCCUGUCUUGAGUUCUCCCCAAUACACAUUUUCCCCCUCAAACACUACCAUGGCUGAAGAAGAAGAUUUUAGCUCCAUACCCUUGGCGGACCGCUUCGCUCACAAGGUCUGGAAGGUUAGAAAAGGAGCAUAUGAAGAAGCAACCAAGCAGUUCGAAAAGUCUCCCGACGAGUCCGAUCCUUGUUUCCGACCAUUUUUGAACGAACCCGGCCUGUGGAACAAAGCAGUUCUCGAUUCAAACGUCGCCGCUCAACAAGAAGCCGUCACCGCCCUAUGCGCAUUCCUCAAAUAUGGUGGACGAGACUGCUGUCUACGGACGCGAAAUCAGACCAUUACACCCAUGGUCGAGAAGUGUCUAUCCUCCACACGUGCCGCGAUCAAGCAAAACUCCAUCGAAGCUUUGCUUUUGUACAUUGAGCUCGAUGUCGCUGGGCCGGUCAUUGAGGACAUGCUGCCCGGUCUUUCCAACAAGGUUCCCAAGAACGUUGCUGCGACACUGAACGCCCUUACACAAAUCUUCCAUAACUAUGGUUGCAAGGUCGUCGAUCCCAAACCUGUGCUCAAAGCGCUCCCAAAAGCCUUCGGUGCCGCCGACAAGAACGUCCGUGCUGAGGCAACGAACUUGACAGUCGAACUUUACAGAUGGCUCAGGGAGGCUAUGAAGCCGAUGUUCUGGGGCGAGCUCAAGCCUACCCAACAGACCGAUUUGGAAGCGCAGUUUGAGAAGAUCAAGGCCGAAGGCCCUCCCAAGCAAGAACGACUCCUCCGAUCGCAACAAGAAGCUAUUGACGCUGCUCCCGAAGGUGGCGAGGAGGGUGAAGAAGGCGAAGGAGAGGGCGACGAUGUUGGCGAGGUCGACGCGUUCGAUUUGGCUGAACCUCAGGAUGUCAGCAAGAAGAUCCCGCCCAACUUCAGCGAUCUACUUGCCUCCUCGAAGUGGAAGGACCGAAAAGAAGCAGUCGACGGUCUUCACCAGGCACUUAAUGUUCCUCGCAUCAAGGAAACCGAUUUCAAUGAAGUUUGUCGCGGAUUGGCCAAAUGCAUGAAGGACGCCAAUGUUGCCGUCGUCACUCAGGCUGCUCUCUGUAUCGAGGCUCUCGCAAAGGGCUUGCGAAAGGCCUUUGCCAAGUAUCGCAGCAUUGUGAUGCAGCCCAUCAUGGACCGACUCAAGGAGAAGAAGGCUUCUGUCGCGGAUGCUCUCGGCGCCGCUCUCGACGCUGCUUUCGCCUCCACCGACUUGACUGAGUGUCUUGAGGACAUCACCACAUACCUUGGAAACAAGAACCCUCAGGUCAAGGAGGGUACCAUGAAGUUCUUAAUUCGCUGCCUACGAAACACCCGAGAUGUGCCCAGCAAGCCCGAGCAAGCUACCAUCUGCGAGGCUGGAAAGAAGCUCUUGUCCGAGUCAAGCCCUGCUCUUCGAGAUGGCGGUGCUGAGAUUCUUGGUACCAUCAUGAAGAUUAUUGGUGAGCGUGCUAUGACACCUAACCUGGAAGGUCUGGACGACAUCCGCAAGAACAAGGUCAAGGAAUUCUUCGAGGCCGCCGAAGUCAAAGCAAAGGAGAAGCCCAAGCCCAAGGCGGCACCUGCACCUAAAGCGGCGCCUCCCAAGAAAGUCAUGGGUGGAAAGAAGCCUAUGGCCAAGAAGGCUGCUCCUGCUGCCGCUGCGGCUCCAGUAAUGCCAGAUGAUACUCCUCCCACUCCUCAGCCAAGCUCACGACCUGCCGCUGGCAAGCUCGGAAAGCCUACACUUGGAGGAUUGAAGGGUCCCCAGAAGAGGACCCUUGGAGGUCCGGCACCUGGCUCUCCUCGCCGAGCGCCCGCUGCCCCUGUCAUGCCCGAUGACGAGCCUGCACCACCCGCUCAACCUCGCCUUGGUCUCUCUCGUGGACUUGCCGGACGCUCUCUCGCCAAACCUACCGCACCCUCACCCCCAGUCGCACCAGCCUCGCCGCCUCCAUCUAGCGGUCUCACUGCUGUGGAGCGCGCCGAGAUUGAGGAGCUUAGAGCAGCCAACGACCGGCUAACCCGUCAAGUUGAUGAGAUGCGACAGGAACGUAGCAAGUUCAUGUCAGAGAUUCAAGAGCUCAAGAACCAGAAUGCUGGCCUGAUCGAAGACCACACCCGAGACGUCUUGAGCAUCAAGGCCAAGGAGACACAAUUGGUCCGCGCGAGAAGCGAUGCAGAGGCUACGGAACAGACCAACGACCGCCUGCGACGCGAACUAGAAAGACUUAAGAAGGCUUUGAGCCGUGCCGAAGGAUUGGGUAGCUCUGGAAAUGGUAUGAACAGCCCUGGCCUUGCUUCUCCCACACACGAUGAUGUCUACCGAGACCAUGGACCUCCCUCGGUGAGCCGCCAUAGAAUGAGCAUCACCAGCAGUAUGUCUGAGGAGAAGGAAAAUGGCGAGCAGAUGAUUCCUCGCAACAAGCUUAGCCCUGAGAUGCGAUAUGCUGGUAGCGCAAGCUCAUCCGGACGUGGAUCUCCCGCACGAGGCUUCAGAAGUGCUGCAUCAUAUCGCGACGACGACCAUGCACCAGCACCUUCUCAACGUCCUAUGUCGUCGCUACCUCAGCCUACUGGAGGCAAUGGUGCCGAGAGUUGGAGAAGGGCAGCAGAGGUGACAAGUCAGCUGAAGGCCCGAAUUGAACAGAUGAAGGCCAAGCAAGGGCUCGCUCGACCUUAGGAGCAUUGUUAGAAACUCGGCGUGCAAUGAUUGUUUGUUCUAGUACUUUAACGAUGAUGAUUUUUGGGAGGUUUAUGGCGGAAAAGCUGGAUGGGUACUCCUGGGACUGACACAGACGGUCCUGGUCAGGUUGCAUUUUCACGGCGUUGGAAGUUGUGCCACCAUCUGUCUUGAGUGUUUCGCUUCUCUUCGAGGGUCUGAUAGAAUUACACAUGGGCCAAGGCUGUGUUUGGGAUUUUGCGAAGCAAUACCCGCGGUGGGUCAGAGAUACCUAGUUUUUUUUAAUGCAUCGGAUUGGUGAUUUGCCUUCAUGUUACAGUAUUCAUUUCAAGGGUGAUGUCAAUCUUUGUGAACUCA